AUGGCCCCUCAAACAAAGAAGGCUGGUAAGAGCCAGAAGCAGACGAAGAAGUUCGUCAUCAACGCUUCUCAGCCCGCUAGCGACAAGAUUUUCGACGUCAGCGCUUUCACCAAGUUCCUUCAGGAGAAGAUCAAGGUUGAGGGCCGCACCGGAAACCUCGGCGACACCAUCGUCGUCCGCCAGCAGGGUGACGGCAAGGUCGAGAUCAUUGCCCACAACGAGCUCUCUGGCCGCUACCUCAAGUACCUCACCAAGAAGUUCCUCAAGAAGAACCAGCUGCGUGACUGGCUCCGCGUUGUCUCCACCUCCAAGGGUGUCUACGAGCUCAAGUUCUUCAACAUCGUCAACGAUGCUGAGGAGGAGGAUGACGAGUAA